UCUUCUUCUGCCAGGUGGGGUCCGCCCCGAGGAACCCGCGCCGCCGCUCGCCGGCAGCAACGGCCUGAACCGCCCCCGGGCGCGUCUCCUUACUAAGGCCGCCGCCCGCGCGGCGCGGCGCAGCGCACGAGAUCAUCGCUCCCGAUCAUCCAGCGCUCUGGCUCCCGGACCCGCCUCCCGCUCACGGGCCUCCCCUUCGCGGGCCGCGAUGGGGUGCGGGGCGUCGACCGGCGACGGGGCCGGGCCGCGGCGGCGGGGGUGGGCGCGGGCGAGGGCGCUGGGGCCCAGUGAGGCGUCCACCACGGGUCUGCUGGCGCAGGGGCAGCAAGGGCAGGAGGCGGAGCCCUCCUCCGCGUCCGCAGGGAGGAGGCGAGGCAGCAGCAAGGUGGCGCCCGACCCCAAGGGGCAGCACGAGGAAGGCUCCCCCUCCGCGGCGUUGCGGCCGGCGCCGGGCUCGCCCAGCUUCAGGUACUACUGCCAGAAGACGGCGGCCGUCGACAGGAUCGUGGCCGACGCCGACAGCAGCGACUGCUCCCUCAUCAUCGACAGAGACAGAGCGACGACGCGCCAGGCGAGCAAUAGGGACGAGGUCGCCGUGACCAUUGCCCACGACUCCAGCCAGGUGUCCGAGCAUAAAGAGGGAGCCAGGUGGCUUAGGUUCAGAGGCAUGUCGAUGGUCACCACGGCUUGGUGCAACUUGUUCAGCCGCCACACCAGCAAACCUUCGCCACCGCCUCCUGCAGAAUCAUCACAUGAUCCUCCCCCUGCUGCCGCUGCAGCUGUAUGAUCUCAUCUCUGAUCACGCAGCGCUGUAUGUGAUCUUCAUUCUCUACGUCUCAGCUUGUAAAAAAACAUGGCUGAUUCAGUCGUCUGUUCACGGUGCUAGCUUUGCAUCAUUUGCUGUUUUCUUCCUAAUCUUCUAUUCUUCUUGGUUAGUGCUUGAAAUUAAGCUACUAACCCUGUAUUUGAGAAUCUGAUUCCGUAAAUGAUGUAAGGAGCAUGAGCACUGGGCUGCUACUGUUGCCAUAGAGGAAAAAAACACAAAUUAGCGUUUGGAAAAGAGAGCAAAUCUGGAAGCUGUUCGCCCAAGUUUAGACGGUUGUGUAGCUGUAACAAUGGUGUGAGAUUAUUCAGCAACGACAUUAAGCA